AUGGCAGCCAUAUCUGUGUGGAAUAGCGUCCUGCUACACGUCAAUGAGACGCUUUUGCCCGGUUUCGCUCGCCAUCACGUUGGGCGUAUGGCAAGGAGUGUCGCUCCAGGUCUUCGAGUGGAGGUCCAGACAGCUUGGGGCUCUCGCAUUCCAUCCACGAUCAUCCUCCGACUUCAAAUUAGAAACGGGGACGAAAUAAGCGACUUUGCAGUCAUCAACUUGCCCAUGGGCCAAACAAAGUUGCCGUUGACUACCGACUACCUCGACGCAGCUGAUGAGUCUCUGAUGAAAGAUACGUUUCCCGAUCCAAGAAUGGAUCAUUUUGGCGCAGCUCACUCACGAUUUCGCAAUCAAGACUUGAAAUAUUUCGAGACUGUUGAACCCACAGCGGAGAUAUCUUCUUUCAUCAAGCACACCACUACCACAGUUGUGCGAGUCACUGCCGCAGUAGAAGCCCACGAAUUCACCAUCAUGUAUCCGUCGCACUUCUGGGAUCACACCCAACGUCUACCAACUUCAUUGCAAAGAGUCGCCAAGAACAUCAAAUCUUUGUUUGAUUCGAUGAAUCCAGAAGAGCAAGUCUCACUCCAAGUCACAUUUCCAUUCAGCCCAAACUGGGAAAAAGAUUGGCACGUGUUCUUUACUGAUGAGCGCAAAGUCAACUCCGAGAUUCUCGACAUCGCAUCUCUCUGCAAUGGUCACAUCGAAGACCUGGAUUACUCUAAAAUGCUCUCGGGCCGCUCAGAGUGGACUCCAAAGACCAAUGAUGAGGAAGAGUAUGGCAUGUUUGGUACACACCUUCCAACAGGUUACCUGAUGGCCGUCAGUCUGAAAAGCGUCAGAGACUUUUUACCCGACAUUGGAACCACAGUCAAUGUAUACCUCAGAGAUAUCGCACAAAAUGGCUACACAUUGCCGAAGCCGCAAACCAGCAAAGGCGAAACAUACCUGAUUGCGGAUAGCAUCACUUGCAGUCUUUUUAAUGCUGAUUAUAAGGCGGAACAACAAAUUAAACGCAAGUUUGGGGAUGACCACCCGGACAUGCCUGAACUUGUCACAGAGCUUUUCCCCAGUAUAGCUGCCGUGGAGUUGGAGCCGUACCUCCCCAUGCCAGCCAAAGACGAUCCGCAGCACCAAGAAGCCCGAAAAGUAGCUGCUUAUCUGCGGCAGCGUAACGACGAAGAUUACAAAGAGCAUUUUUGGCGCGUUCACAGUUGGCUUCGCCCGAGACUUUGUGUUGCUCCCAAAACUGGGUACCACGAGCCCUACUCGGGCCACCGCUUAAAUCUCCCACCUGGUGUUUCCGCGGACGUCGCUCUCUUCUAUGUCGAGGUUCCAAGACAGCGAGAUUGGCCUCGUGAUUUGAAGAAGCCCCCUAUGAGAGUUGACAUUCCAGACAUGCCUCCUUCAAUUGACCUCCAAUCGUUUCUAGCAAACGCGUUUGAGAAUCAGGAUGAGGUCAUUCGCGCCGAAAUUCGCUACUCUUUUGACGCAGAGCUGUACGACGAAGAAGGUCCGACAUUUUCUCUCAAGGGAACGCUCGGCCCCAACCAUGUGGUAGACGAUUGGCUGAAGUCCAUGGUGAAAGCUUCAGACAUGCCAAAGACUGACCGUACCGAUUAA